AUGGCAAGCCGCGCACCGGUCGACAGUGCACCGCCGUCGCUCGACCUCGACCUCGACCCGUCGUCGCACCACACAGAGUUGGCCCAGCUCGACUCGACGGCGCCUCUGCCGAAGCGAGAGCCCUCGCCGCUGUCGACGGCGCAGCCUGCGUCGGGCGCGGAGACCCCCACGGGCGGCGAGGGGGACUUCUCGGCGGCCGCUGGGCGGAAACGCAAGCUGCACAGCACGUCCGCGCGAGGGGUUGCGAACCUGACGCCGGAGCAAUUGGCCAAGAAGCGAGCCAACGACCGCCAGGCGCAGCGGGCGAUCCGGGAACGCACCAAGGCCCAUAUCGAUUCGCUGGAGAAGCAGGUUCGCGAACUGUCCUCCCGGAAACCAUUCCUCGACCUGCAGACCGCAUUGAGGCAGAAUGAGCACCUCGUGGCCGAGAACCAGGAUAUGAGACGGGGGCUGAAGAAUAUUAUGGAUAUCGUGCAGCCGUUGCUGGGGAGGCACGAGAUUUCAUAUCUGGCUGCCCCCGGCUUCCAGUCGAAGCCAGUGUCUCAACCUCCUCCUCCUCCUCCUCCUCCUCCAACUAACCUAUCCCCUUUACCAGACAUCCACAACUUCACGCCUCAUACACAUCGCUCGGCCACGGGCGAACGCUCGUAUCCCGAGUCGAUCCCCAGUGUCGAAACCCCGUCGCCCACGCAUCCCCCGCCCCCUCUGCCUGACAGCCGUCGGAGUAGCGCGACCAGUGCAGACCCCUCGUCGACCAUCCGACUGGCUUUGGAUCAGCAACGGCAGAACUUGGCGCAUGGGCUAGAUUUCAGCUGCUCCGAGGACCGCUUGGGCUUCAAUUUCCUGUUGGACAGUUCCCAGCAGGUCCACCGGAUCGACAGCAUCCGCCGUAUAUCAGACAUCGCCCGAUCCUCCUCCUCUUCCACUUCCUCCCAGCUGAACAAUAAUAACUUGACUCCACUCUAUACCCAGCCGGUCAAUGGCUCGUCCACUGACUCCCCGGUUCCAUCCAUCAUCGCUCCAAUACGCAACAUCGAGCCGACCUGUGCCAUCGAUGCCGUUCUCCGCGACUUUUUGCAGGCCCGACAGCAGGAAGCCGCCCAGGGGGUCUCCAAGCAAAAACUCGCUGGGCCCCCGUAUCCGAGCGUCCUAUCCCUGCUCAAUCCGGAGAAAAGCGCCACCUCUCACCCUCUAUCAAAAGUCUUCACGGACCUCCUCCGCGUGUUUCCGGAGAUUUCCACCCUCCCCGAACAGGUGGCUGUCCUCUACACCAUGUUUCUCCUCAUGCGGUGGCAGGUCUACCCAACGCAGGAGAAUUACGACCGUCUCCCGGAAUGGCUUGCUCCGCGGCCCUGCCAGCUCCUCACCCCGCAUCCCGCCUGGAUGGACUACCUCCCCUGGCCGCGACUCCGCGAGCGGGUGAUCAUCUCCUAUCAGGAUUACCCCUUGGACAGCUGGUCCGUUCCCUUCACCCGGGACCUGUCGAUCAACUGGCCAUACGAAGCCGCCGACUGUCUGCUGUCCACCAGCGAGUCCGGCGAAUUGCUGAUCAACCCCAUCUUCGAACGACACCUCCGCAAUCUUGCCAACUGGUCGGUCGGUCCGAGCUUCGCCGAGGCGUUUCCAAGUCUGGUCGACCUCGUCCGAGUCAAGCCAGACGUCACUUGCAACUCUCCACAUCCCUAUCCUCCAUUUCGGUAG